UAUUUCCGCUGUUUGUUUCUAGAGUGUCAAGAGUCUUCAGAGCAACAAGGAUUCGCGCAUCCUGUGGACCAAAGAUGAUCUUUUAGUGACCACUGGUUUUGAUACGAUGCGUAACCGAGAGGCAAGACUUUGGGACAGCAGGAAUCUGAGCUCCUCUCUCAGCUCUGUGUCACUUGGAACAUCCAGUGGGACACCCAUCCCGCUGUUUGAUGCUGACACCGGGCUGCUCAUACUGUCUGGCAUGGGAGACACUGUGGUCGAUUGCUUUGAAGUCUCUGCCUCUCAGCCGUUCCUCUCUCAAGUGAGCCAUUGCUUGACAGAUUUCUCAACACGAGGAGCUGCCAUGGUACCCAAGCUGGCGAUGGAUGUCAUGUCUUGUGAAGUGAUGCGUGUACUUCAGCUGACCGACAGCUGCAUUGUGCCAAUCAGCUAUCAAGUCCCACGCAAGCGUUCAGGCCAGGAGUUCCAUGAUGAUCUCUACCCAGACACAGUGGGCACGUCUCCAGCCAUGUCUGCAGAUGAGUGGUGGCAGGGAGGGAACAAGCAGGUGGAGAAAGUGAGCCUGCACCCAGACAAACAACCCAAAAACAAGACGUUAUCCAAUCGGAUGUCUGCAAAGAAGGAAUUGGCCAGUGGUGGGAGCAAGGAGGAUCCAGGUCAUCAGUGCUCCACCUCCAGCAGUCCUCUAAGCACUCCCAGCAGCAGUGCUGAGCCGUCUCGCUCACCUUCCUCCACCUCUGGCCUCUCGUCGGGCUUCGUCCCCAGUCCAAGCCAGAGCGCUAAAGCGAUCCAGAGUUUGAUGGGACCAACCUCCAAGUUCCGCCACAUCCAGGGUGCAUUGAAACAUCGGGACACCCAUAUCACCAAUGUCAGGGGCCUCAACCUGACAACCCCAGGAGAGUCUGAUGGAUUCUGUGCCAACUGCGACCGUGUGGCAGUGCCACUCAGCAUCUCUGGAGGCCAGAUCGCUAUCUUUGAGCUUUCACAGCCAGGCAGACUACCUGAGACGGCUCUGCCCACCAUUCAGAACUCUGUAAAUGUGGCUGACUUCUGUUGGGACCCUUUUGACACACACUGUCUGGCUGUGGCUGGGGAAGAUGCUAAGAUCCGCGUGUGGCAGGUACCAAAGGGAGGUCUGACAGAGACCUUGACUGAGCCUGACAUCAUCUUGCAAGGCCACACAGAGAAGAUCUAUUCCAUCAGGUUUCACCCUUUGGCCAGUGGACUCCUGGUUUCUUCAUCUUACGAUCUGACGGUUAGACUGUGGGACGUGCAGCGCGGAGAACAGGUGAAACUUCUUAGUGGACACCAAGAUCAGGUGUUUGGAAUGGCAUGGAGUCCAGACGGGAAACAGCUUGCCACAGUGUGCAAAGAUGGGAAAGUUCGCAUCUACGACCCCCACAAGUCUACUGCACCUGUGCAGGAAGGCCCGGGUCCAGAGGGACACAGAGGAGCACGUGUGGUGUGGGUAUGUGAGGGCAAGUACCUUUUGGUGUCAGGAUUCGACAGUCACAGUGAGAGAGGACUCUACAUUUACUCCGCUGAUUCUUUGUCCUCUGGAGCCAUUGGCAGCAUUUCAAUAGACAUUUCACCCUCGACACUCAUCCCUUUCUACGAUCCCGACACCAGUCUGGUCUUCCUCACUGGAAAAGGUGACACCCGAGUGCAUAUUUUUGAAGUAACCCCUGAGGCGCCAUACUUCAUCGAGUGCAGCAGUUUUAACUCUCCUGAGCCACUUAAGGGGUUGGUCUUUCUAUCUAAGACACAGUGCAAUGUGCGCGAGGUGGAGAUUGCUACAGGACUGAUGCUCACAAAGACCACUGUGGAGCCCGUGGCCUUCAAAGUGCCACGUGUCAAGAAAGAGUUUUUCCAGGAUGAUGUCUAUCCAGACACAGUAGUUUGGUGGGAAAAGGCUCUGACUGCGUCUGCCUGGCUUACAGGCUCCAACGGCCAACACAGGAAGAUCAGCCUGAAGCCAAAAGACAUGACGCCAGUGAGCAAGGCUCCUAAAGAAGCUCCAGUUAGGAAGUAUCUUCCCUCUUCUUUCUAUCUGGAGGAGAAGACUGAUGAACAGAAGAAAGAGGAGCUGCUCAGCGCCAUGGUGGCCAAGUUGGGGAACUUGGACGACCCACUACCACAGGACUCCUACCAGGGCGUCAAUGAGGACGAAUGGGAUGAUUAAAGUGGGCGUCGCCUUUUGCCUCAAUCAUGGAGACGACUGACAAGAGUUAGACGAGGGCGACCGAUCUUACCCCUGGGUGAUAUUUUUUUUUUAAACUGGAAACGCACUUAUUGGAGCAUAUACUUCCACCAAGGAUAUAAACACUCCUAACACAGACACACACACACCCAAAAAUAUUCUUCAUUAUGUGGACGAACUGCCGUAUAUGAUUUCUAUUUCAGGAACACUUUCUACUUUUUGAGAAAUUCAGCAAGCAGAUGUUUAAAAACAUAACUUGCUUGGGUACAACUUAUGAAAAACAUUCCGAGAUUUACUGUACCGUUUUCAGCGUGUCUUUUUGUAAAUGUCACAUUGUUUACCUGAUGCUGAUUUUAUCAGGCUGUGUGCAGAUUUCUGAAAAUCUGAAUUGUUUUGCUAAUAUGUACGACAAAAUGCAUGUCAACGUUUUUGCAUUAUUAAGGAAAAGAAAACCAUGGAAAAUAAUCCGCUGUGAUUUUAAUGGUGAUUGUUUUAUAUCAGAAUGUGAUAUAUGUCAUGUCCAGCAAUAUCAGCAAAAAAUGCAUCUACCUUGAGCUGUGAGAGCAUUGAUGGAGGAGAUUUUCAACAAAAUGAAAUGAAUGGAUUCAAACUGGAAUCUACAGUACUGUGAAAAAGUUUUUGGCAUCCUAGAGUUAUAGUAAAAGUCGAGUUUGAUGGGAUGUCAACACAAAAUCAGUUCCAACAAAAGUGAAUAUGUGAGUUCUAUAUUUUUAUUCCAUAAUAAUUUCUUUGUAAGUGUUCUGGCCAGUAGAAUAUCACACCAACACAGUUUCCAAUGAUCAUGCAAUAUUAAAAUGACUGUAAAACACAAUUACUCAUACUUUAAGCCAUGUUUUUCUUAAAAUUGUUUUUGAGGUCUUGCAACUUAUACUCUGGUGCGACUUUUAUACUGAAAAAUCACACAUAGAUAGAACCCCAGUUUUCAGUUAUCACACAUGUCAUUUAUUUCUGAAUAUUUAUCAGGUUUUCAUUUUUAAUGCUUUUGUGAUGCAUUAAAUGUGCCUCAAACAUUUGCACAGAACUGCAAAAUAGAGGAUUAUUUGAUCCCAACCUCAGCUUCGGGGUGCUGCAUCAACACAAUACACUCGGAGUCGGACGUUUCUUGGUAUUAAAA